AUGUUGAUUGAAAACAACAGUACAGUCAACCAGAGCUCAGUAAGUAUAUCAAUGAGCGUUAUUAGAUUUGCCUUUCUAAUUUUAUUGCGCUUUGUGUUUACGACUACACACUAAAUAUCUGUGAUGGUCGUCAAUUAUCGAAAUUCGGUCGAACAUUUUGAAUGCGACUGUGAGUAUAGAAUCGAAUCGAAUGAUCUUUUUGGCCUUAGAAUAUCUCUUCUUCAUGCAAUAAACAAUAGAGCAGUAGUCUGUUUAUGAACUGACUAUCCAUUUUGGUUUUCAUGACGCGAUCGUUAAACUCGAGCUUCACUCCACACGUUUUAAUUUGCUGAAUCUGGACUCAUUAUGAUUUUCAAGUUUCCUUGACCUCAGGUUGUGGCAGGCUAAAUGAUAAAAAAUGAAGCGAGUAUGAGAAUCGUUUUAAUUACAACUCCUCAUAUUCUGCGAAACUGGCAGUCUAUAUACCCUGACUAAAUAGAGACACUAGGUAAAAUAGACCGCUUGACCAUUUUACCCUAAUUAAGUUUGUCAGACGUUUAAACCAAAUCAUGAUUUCCUUCGUCUCUUAACAAACAAUUCUUGCUUAAGUCUGUUUUUAACUGUCGUUUUAAACCGCGCCAUAUACGUGACCUGGGAUUUUAAAUAUUUACGAAAACCUCGAAUUCAAUGUCAAGAUAUGUGCUAUUAUUUAUAACAAGGCCCUUAUUUGGAGCAAACUGCCACAAACGUUUUUACAUUAACGCGAUUGCGAAUAAUCCUUUUUUCUAAAAAAAUGAGUGUAAUCUUCUAGGAAACAUUCUAGGUGAACAAGAAAUUGUCCUUUAAUUUUUCGUUUCUCCAAAUACACGUCACAAUUUUUCAUAUCGAGAAGACUGUUAAAUGUGGAGGAGACUGAAAUGGCCAUAUUGGGUUUAUUUGCCAUCGUCAUCCACAAACCCAUGUUUGCAGGAUGCUUGAUUGACUGAGCCCUUUAAAGUCCAGCGUCCCACCAUUGAGACACGGCCUUAAUAAUAGCUAAACUAAUAAAACUUAAGACAUUAUUUUCAAACUUCCGUGCGAUAUAUUUUUAUCUGCUUGUUGUUUAUUUGCGCGCCUACCUUGUAAACCUCCACCGAACAGUCGUCUUCACUACUGCAGUUUUAACGAGUACUGAUUUUUUUUGACUCGGACGUCAUCGCAAACGCUUCUUUAGCGCCCUAAAACAGCAGAAAUUCGAGGAAGAAAAUCAUAACCCUCAUGUACUUUUGCAGUUUCGAACGACUCAACAAACGUUUCAUACUGUCAUGCAAGACAACACUUGAGUCAAACGGUUACAUAAUUAGGAAUUAAGCAGUCUCUUGCUAUUUCGCAACCACAAGUGUUAUUUCACUUAUUAUGAAAUAAGAACACUGGCUUCGAUUUCAACAAGCACACAGAACGUUGUCUUUACCUGCUUCACCAUUUAAACUGCUUUUGUUCGCAGUUCCAAAUUUCAGUUAUCACCUGCAGCCAUAUGGCACUAGACUCUUACAGUCAGUAUGCCAGUAGAUACGUCACUUACCUAUGAAAGCGUAAUACCCAUACAAUAACUUAAUUUGAACUAUUUAUGGAAUAAAUUAAUUCACAGAAAAUAGGACAACAGAGAGAUAUCAGUUAACGUGCCACAGUCCAAAAAGCGCUUCGACUAACAGGCAAUAAGAACACAUACGUUACACCGCGCACCACUCUGGGCAGAGUGGUACCCUCCUAAUGACCAACCUAAACAAAUCUGUUUACUCAGGCCAUAUAGGAAAAAAUUGUAGCCACUUCAAGAUUGACUUAAAAGACAUUUUUCAAUCAAAGAAGCACUGCACAUUUAAAGUCCAUUUGCCUUGAUAAGUGGAUAAAUUCGCUCACAGAUGCGUCCUAUGCUUUCCGGAAUAGUCGUGACCACUAGUGUAAAGGCGAGGAGGCCAGGGUUCGCCUAGCUUCCAUCUAAGCACUUUUAUUGAAGGAGCUAUGAGGUGAUAGGGAUAGUUUAUGAUUCGAUUUCAUUGAAUAGGAUCGAAAAUACGUCCUGCUUAGCUGUCUUUCUGAAAUUUACUUUAAGCUGAGUCAAAAGAAUACGUAAAUCACGUUCACUUUUUGCGACGGUGUUGUAUAUUCAUUAGUCCAAAUGAAUCUGAGUACAUUUUGCAAUCAAAUUACGCGCAAUGUGAAAUGCACGUAAGGUUUCUGUGAACGAUUUUUUAAAUACUUCAAGGUCACUGGACGAACGCCGCUAAUGGAGGCGUGUGCGUCUGGAAGAGGAGUCGUAGAGACUGUUUUGGCGAAACGGGGGGCGGAUGUGAGUGCUGUCGACAUAAAUGGAACAACUGCGGCUCAUGAAGCAGCAGCCCAUGGGAACUAUCGUUCACUGUUCCUUCUUAACGGCCUUGGAGCUAACAUGAAUGCUGUAGGUUAUAUCUCCUGAUGCUAUAUUUUGUUUUGAUUUAUCCCCACAUUUUACUGCAGCAAGCUUACUGGGAAUCUUUACCAAAACAGUAUAAAGUAGGUCUGCAAAUCCGAUAAGAGACUCCAUGUACAACUGACGACCCUGCCUGAAAAGUAACGACUUUGCUGUCCAGCAACCUGUCUAGACUUCUUAGAUGCUUUUCAUCGCGUGCAAAUAGAGUUGUCUGUUAGUUUUUCCCAGGGACCAUUCUUCCAUUAAAUUGAUAGAACUGUAACAGGGUUUUGGAAUUAAACCAAAUUCCUUGUUGGUGGUUACGGUAGCUAAUAGGUUUCCGAGAGAGCCGACCACUUCGAACUUGCUAAGGCAGAGGAUUUUUGUAUUCUUACUCAGCAGAAGACAUUCGUCCCCUCUUGACCUUCAGCCCACCAAGGCGUGACCUAAAAUGAAGGAGUUAAUUACCGAAAUUUUCUAAUCUGAAUGUCGUAGUAUUUAGUCAGCACUGUUUUAGUUCGCGGAGGGCAAUAUAGAUGUGCUAUCGGGCGUUAAUGCAAAGUACGCGUUGGCGAUGUGUGCUGUCGCACAUUCCUCAUUUACUGUCCUUCAACUUAAGCGUGUCGACGUGCGUUUUAUUUCUCCCGCCUUCACGGACAGAUGAAACUCCUAACUCCAAUCCCUCAAAAUUAUAUCAAACUAGAACUGACGGCUGUUCCUGCGGGUAGCAUACCUCCUUUCACUUAUCAAUUCAUCCAGAGUUGGCCUUUGGAAACUCAAUUCGCUUUCAAGUUAUUGAUAUUUGGCCAUAUCUUAGAGCAGACGAUCUCGCUGCAUCUUGGAGCGAACUUUUUUUUAUAAAUAAACCGUUAUAAAGGUUUCAUCUGAAGGUCCUGUUCUGGCGGCCAAAAUCAUUAUGUGGGUAAACUGUACGAAGGAGAAAUUAACCAACCAAAAGUACCUUUUGUUAAAACUACCUUUUAAAUCAAUCAACGUUUUUUCUUGGAAGUUUGUUUGGAUUCAUCUACGCCUCCCCGACUUUUGCCCCGAGCGAAACAAUAAGAUGGUCGAGAGAUUCAUCUUUCGUGCUUUCGUUUUGUCAGUAUCCGGUAUAAAAGAGACGAAGCUGCCAUUUAGUCAGCAUAAACGUGGUUGGCAUAUUCCGUAUGAAUUGCAUUACUUGAAUUGGCUCACGAAGCUUAUUCGUGCUUAACGGCGAAUUUUAGUUUCUAAUUCAUUUUCCUUAGGCGUAGGCCGAUUUACUGGAGUGAACAUUUCCAAAAUAUCGGUGCAACAAAUUUUCUACUUUCCUUUUCCCUUCACAUCGCCGAUACUUCAACAUGGCAAACGACGAUGUCCACCGUGUGCCAUCCAGCAGGGUGAACGCACUGACGAUGAUUUGCGUGUGGACUGGUUUGUAUAAAAGCUAUUUGCGGACUUGCGCUGCGUCUAGCGCACCCUUCCGCUCUCACAUCCACCCGAGUCUGGUGCCAAAACGGAGUCAAGAAAUCCAGAGGCGGGAUCUGGCAAAAAUGGCUAGUGUGGCAGGAACCCACACCCAAGCUUGUCACCAAGAAUUUACACAAGAAGGGCUGGGCACCUUGAGAGUGAUAAAAAGACCACUUUAAGAUGGAGUCACUGCAGCCUGAUUCUCUACCCUGGGAGAACGACCGAGCUAUUUUGUUAGUUAGCAGCCUUCAAAGUCACGACUUUUAGCGUACCGUGAUAGGUUCAAGUGGGUCAGAUGAUUUAUAGCGAGGAAUGUGAGCUGAGAAAGUCGACCCCACCCUCUCUUUCCCACUCAGAGGUAGCAGCCCACUCUCCGAGCCGGUCAUUCAAGUGAUGAGGGAAUAGGGCACAGUAGUUUACAUAGCUAAAUACAGCCCUGGUCCCUCACACAACACACCAGAUUUCACACAACGGGGUGGGUUGUUCGGAUCUCACAUUCGUUAGAGGACUGUUAGGAGCACAUGGAGAGGGAGCCGAAGAAGAGGCUUUUUACUUACUUGGCCUUUACCUAUUACGUGAGACGCGUUUGUGUGUCGCGUAUAGGUUGUGGUAUGUGUGGCGAUGUCGUUUGUUCUGCGGCGGCUUACCGUAGAUUUUCAUGGAGUUACUUGUGUCCGAGUAGGCCCAUGGGGUGACCAGAUGGGCGUGGGCAGUAUGGGUAGUUGAGGAGGAUGCGAUGGGUGAAUGGUUUGGCUUCAGACAGUGGUACGCCGGUUUCAGUGCGAUGGAUACGCAAAUGGCUUACCAGGCCGAUGCAUGGUGAGAAGUGCGACCGUAACAACGGCAGGUUAAGAUCGAGUCCGCAUUGGUGGUGGUGGUGAUGGUGGUGAGGGUGUAGUUGACAGGGCGUUAAAGACGUUAAAUGCUAUUUUUCUACGAGUGCCAUAGGACUGUGCCGCGACAGAACCAUCAGACUCCAAUUCGACCAUUCAGAUGCGAAUCGUUUACAAGUCGUCUUAGUGAACAUUUUAUUUAGGAAAACGUCUUGAUUACUUUACUUCUGAACGUACAUUUUACGAAAAGCUACCUUCUGGUAGCCGACAUGUAUCUUAGAUCCUGGAAAUACUUAUAGUAACUUUUUUUCAAAGAAAGAUUAAUAAAUACCUUGCACCACAUAAAAUAACAUAUUUUGCGAAUCCUUAUGAGUCAAGGUCUUAUAUACCUUACGCAGAGUGUGCAUUAAAGUAGGAUCCUAGGCCACCAGCUUUUAAACUUUACUUCCUUGACGACACAUAUACCUGAUAUUCAGUACUAACACCUUCAUUUAAUCUGACAUUUGCUAUUAAACUUGACCGAAGAACAAGUCAUGUACGUGAAAUUUUUAGCGGUUCGUAAUCAUAACGUACGGCGAUGGUUUUCAAUGCAGCCUACUUGAGGUGGGGAAAGCCUUACAUCUAGAAUAAAGGUGUGAGGGUAUUGAGAAGAAUGAAUCCCCGUAAAAAAAACUAAGUUGGACAGUUACAUAGCAUCGAUAUCCACUUGAAAUAAAUGGUAGAUGGCCACGGCCUAAAAUCUUUUAAAUUCCCCUUAAUGGUGCUGGAUUUUGCUAAGCGCUUGAAUUUUCAGUAGAAAAUUGCGACUCUGUGUUGGCUUCAUGAUUGAAAUGCUUAAACGCAGUCACUACGUGCCUGUAUUCUUGGCAUAGUUUGAUUAAAUGAAUGCAUUUUUUGAAACUUAAAUGCCAUAUUUUUAAAAUGCAGUGCAUGCCAUUUUUUGACGCAUACAGGCAUUUAUUUUUUGGUAUGUAUAGAAGUGGGCAAAUUCAUCCUGAUUUGUAAUCGUCUGAACUUUCUGUCUGUGUCUAAACACAGAUGCUCCUGUUAUUUUAUUUUCUACACCUAUUAUUCUUCUAAAUUGGAAAAAAUAGGUUGAUACUGCAGGGAAUACUCCGUUUCAUCUGGCUGCUGCGGGAUACGCCGACUGCUGCAGGUUUCUUCGCCAACGAGGUAACUGAGUUUUGAGGUACUGAAGCGCAGUGAAACCGCAGCUAGUUUGGCACAGCUUUUUCAUAAAGGACGAAUUGUCAAACGAUUGCUUUCGUUAAUUUGCCAUCAUAGAUAGUCAACGUCAUUGGUCUAUGGGAGCUAAAAACCCGUAGAGAGUAUGGAACUGGUUGGGUCUGCAGCGGUGUCAGUAUGGAAGAAUUACGCUGACCUCGGUUUGGCAUACGCUGGCUCUUCGUAGACUAACAACCUGUAGGGCUUUUUUCAGCUCUCAAAGAACAUUGCUUUCGGCGAGUGUGGCUUUUUCUUCACUCGGCACAAAAAUGCGUUGAAGUCAAAGGAACUCCACGGACUAGUAAAACGGUUUUCCUGAAGAAAGCAAAUUGUUUGUCGCCAUCUAUGAACUUUUGUUUCUUAGGCACUGAGUGUGUGCUCAGAUGAUUUGAACAUAUAUGUGAAAAAUCCAAUCCUCCUGAGUGCCUGCUGACCCGUCUUUUACAACAUCAUAUUAUCUGGUUUAAUAGUAUGAUGAUACAUGCUACGGUUUCUAUCAAAAUGAAACCUGCCUCUUCUGAAGCCUUUGUAUACCUUAGCCCAACCUCAUAUAAGGAUGACAAAUCGCGCAAGUUAGGAUAGUGGAAAAAUGACUGCCUAAGUCCGCGUCUCGCCAACAUCUAGAGAGAAGUCUUUUAAAGUAACAAACAUUUUUCGGAAAAAUAGCUGACCCUAAAUUCCAUCUAAUAUGGUUCCAUAUCUGUCCCCUGGGAUCACUGUUUCGAGGAAUCUCCCGCUUUAUUCGUUCAAGUGAUCUUGACAUCUGUACACUUGUCUCGAAUUGUCUUUUUCAAACAAGGUUGCGAUCCAAAAAUUAAGAAUUCCAAAGGAGAUACACCACGCGUCAUAGCCCGGAAAUUUGGAACGAAGGCUUGUCGCAUUGAAAUCGCCCGAGCAGAGAAGACUUAUGGAAACGUCGAAGAGGAGGGUACGGAGCCCUGGGCCCUGCGACUCUAUGACUGGGCAGACGCAUUCUCUGAAGAACUUCUCCAGAGGUCUGUAAAUAACUCUCUGCAACGGAGCUUUAGUCUUAAAUCCACCACUGUCUCUAAAACCUAAGUUUAUGGUGAAUGCGCUUUCUGUCGUCAGUUAUUUUAACAAGAGACACGAGUACCUCUGGAGUUUUCGGGCAGUUUUAUGAGGAGAUUUAAAGAGAAAUCACAAUAUUUUCGCUGCUACUUGACGUGGAUGUGCGGUCUCUAAGCUCCUCGGCGAGUCCUUCCAGCUUUCUCUGGGGCGCGGUUUGCUAAUACCGACUGCAGUACAACCCGGGAACUCGUAGCUACUUAAGAGCCUGGCGCUUGUCGAACUACGUCGCAGUCGGUCUAGUAAGUGUCCAUGGUUCACAGACUACCCUGAAAAGGGAUGGGCAAUUUCCUUCUCCCAGCAACUUGUACCAUCUGGAUUUCCGCGGAUGCACAAUAUUUGCCCCAAAUCAAAGUUAACUUACACAUGUUCAAGUUCGAAAGAACAUGUAAUCCGUCUGCCCUUUAAUAUGAAUUUGACAAAAGACACCACGAAUAUCGAAUAUUAUCAUUUAAAAGUCAUACAGCAAAUACUUUCCCUCGAAAGCAAAUGCAAACUAUCAUCUUUAGAAAUAAUUUUGUUCACGUCGGCCAAACCCCUCCCUAUUUCCCGAGUAUUUUGAUUACCAAUGCGUUUGAAGUAAAGAAGAUAUUCUCAGUUGGCAGGCACCUCUAUAAACCCAGGCUGCAAAAGUUGCUGACUCCUCCUAAUUGUCCGAUUUUAAAAAUCAUAAUAUUUAGGGAAAUCUGAACGAUGCUAGUUAAUUUUCGGACUCCUGUCAUUCACCAGUUACCGUUUUACGAUUAAUGUGCGGAAAAACUGAUAGAGAGCUUUACCAGCAGAUACCGGGAUUUCCUAAGACCGUGUAGCUUUUACGUACUCGCGAGUCCUACUACUGAAAACUAUUGUCGUUUGAAUAUUGGUUUCACAUAUAAGCUUGCCCGAAUUUGGCAUCACUACGGUCCGUUACGCAGUCUUCAAUGAUUUUACAUAGAGUGUUAUCAUUAUUGCAUUAGCCCUUUCGUUCGGGUUUUACCUUUAAUCCUGCGAGAGUAGAAUAUACAAUAUAAUUGGGAAAAGUUGCGUCUACCAUACCGAAACUCUCUUACUGGAUUCACCACGCAACAAUAUAAUGCUUGCCCCAACUUCACGUGAAGCCUAUUAGAAAUAUGAAACUUGCAUUUGUUUUGUAAAGCAGCGCUAGAUGUUAUACUGUUUAAAGUUUAAGAUGAACAUUGUUAAAAGUUAGUGAUCAGUAAGGCUUUCUUAACGAAACCGGGUGUCUUGUGUUUCGAUACGUGGUUUUUGAAGUUUUUCGUGACUUAAUAUAAAGGAAAAACUGGAAUCUUACACUAAGACUCAAGAGCCCUUAUUCUCUUUUAUUUGCCUAUAUAAUUUCAUAGGCACUAUGGCAGAUUUCAAAUAAUUCACUUUGACCCAAUUCUGAAAAACUCGGUGCCUCGGUGGGAUUCGAAUCUGCCAUAACACCUACGAAUUACGUGAACCUGAUAUUCCUCUGGUGGAUUCUAGAUGCAUUACUUAGGAAAUCCUACUUGGGCAGUCAGUUUACUGUAUCGGAUUUGAUGGUAUCGGACGUUGCAGUAAGAUGGACGGGUAAAUUUCACCCAAGUGGGAUAAGACUCACGUCGUCCGGUGGAGCCUCGUAUCUGAGAUAGUUAGAGCAUUGCCUGUACUAAGGCCUUCCCCCGCUGUCGUGGGUUCGAAUUCCACCGAGACACCGAGUUCUUUACAGUUGGGUCAUAAUAAUUUCCUCUGAGCAUAUUUCAGUAUGGCCAUUUUCUCGAGUUUAAUUUUUGAUUUGAAUCGAUAAAACACCUUCCUCAUUACCUGAUUAAAAUGAAUGUUUCGAAACGUCUUUCCAUAUCUGCGCCUUAGCUGGAAUCUCUUAGCAAAGGAGAUAACUGAAUAACUGCCUAGGUCAUCCUAUGGUUUUGGAGCGUGCGCAGGUUCGCUCGUUCAGAUUAUCGAUACUAUCACCGUUUUCAUUCAUGAUACGCGCCAAGUUCCAUCGUCAAUGCUGAAAGCAAAUAACAUAUUUUACGGGCACACUACGUAGGUGGUGCAGACUUCGAUUUGCGGAUAUUUUUUCCUUUGGGAUUAUUUAUGCACAAGUUAGACCAUUAGAGCACACUCCUUGCGCUAAAAAUAGAACAGAUCGAAAUAACAAGUAGUAAGAAGGUUUGUGGAAAAUUGUUUGCCUUAUUCUCUAGUAGACUAGUCGUGGAUGCUUUGUAAAAACCAACAACAGAAUUGAUAAACGUUAAGCGUCUGCCGCUUUUCGAGGUACAGCAUGUGCCGGGGAGUCUAAUAGAACUUACUUUUGUGUUCUGUUGUGAUAGAAAGUCCUCAGUUAUGAAGGGAACGACAAAGAUGGCGAUUGCAAUAGAAAGGAGUUAUUUUAAAGUUUAUUGGGCAGUAUGUGCUUUAAUAAAUUGCACUUUCUUGCUUAAAGUUUAGAAUUCUAACCAAAACCGCGUUAACUGCGGCAUAGGAUAUAGACACUUUCAGUAGGCUGCCUCCCUUUGAAGGUUCAAAUUUCAAGCCUGAGCAAAUUUUCUCUGUCUAUUUGCCACUUAGGAUACAGUUUAUCGUUGUAAUGCAAGCAAAAUGGGAUAAUGCAGAACUAAGACGUGUGUAGUGGCAGCUGAAAGUACAAUAAUAAUAUUAUACGACCAUUGGAAAUCUGACUUUCAUGUCUUCAAAUAAAAAAAGCUACGAGAAAUUCUCUGCUCUUGCAGCAGCCAUCCGAGUAGUUCAAGCUUAAAAAACUGUAAGAGACCUACUAAUGGAAAGCAGUCAUAGGAAAGGAAGCAGGUGAAGAGUUGAAUAUGAAAUGACUCAAAAUAAUCCCAAACCGGUUUUCCAUGUGCUAACUGCUUUAUGCCUGAGUUUACUAGUGUAUAAAACGUCAAGACUGUGUUUAUUUGAGAAUGUCUGUCUGACGAAGAAUACCCUAUGGAUAUUUUUGCAUCUGUCAGCCGGAAACCGCAUGAAAUGAAACUUAAGCAAUCUAGUUUUAUUGGAAGAGAUGUCCUGAAUCUCUACGUCGUAGGGAGAGGCUAAUCAAAACUAACGGGGAGCGUUCUCAGUAUCAUUUCCGAAAUUGUCUGCUUUUAUGCACGAAAAUCUCUAUAUCCUUCUUAAUUAUCUACGCAUUCCUUCAUCCUCCUCCGAAGUUCUCACUUUUACUCCCAAGAACUAAAGAAAAUGAGCCGAUUUAUAUGACCGCUAUAUAGACAAAUUUACACAAGGCACAGAGGAACCUAGUUAAGAGGCUAAUCCUCGGGACUCGGCGUACUUUCGAAAUAGGCCAACUGAAUCCUGUCGCAGAAAAUCCGAAGUUAUUCUAUGAUUAUAUAGGAAGAAGCCCACGAAACAGAGACCCAAUCCCGUUGUUGAAAGGCAGAGGGAAGGCAGAACACCUCUCACAAUUUUUAAGUCCAUCUUUACGAAGGAAAGCGCGUUUCUUCCUCCCGACUGCGACAUAGUGAACGGGCCAACGAUUAAGUAUGUCUCUUUCGCCGAAUUUAUUGUUCGCAAACAACUGUUGACGCUGAAUGAGUCUAAAUCACCCGGGCCGGAUGACAUACCGCCCAAAUUGUUGAAGGAGCUCGCUGGAGAACUAUUUAAAACGCUCUCCAUGCUUUUCCAAGCUUCGUUCGAAUCAGUCUAUUUGUCCGCCGAUUGGAAAUCUGCUCGGAUCACGCCAGUUUAUAAAUGCGGCAGCAAGAUCGUAACAAACAACUACAGACCAGUCAGCCAUACUUCAAUUUGCUGCAAAAUUAUGGAAAAAUAAUUAAGCGAGAAAUUUUGCACUUCCAAGAAGAGUAUAAUCUGCUAUGCGAUGCCCAGCACGGAUUUCGUAGAGGCAGAUCAUGCGUGACAAACCUACUUUAUUGUUUAGAUCGCUGGAUCCGGGCAGUCGAUGGCGGCAAUGCAGUGCACGCAGUCUGCGUAGACUUUAAAACAGCAUUCGACAGUGUACCACAUCAGCGUCUCCUGUACAAAUUAAGCCGAACAGGUAUUAGGGUCUCCUAAGGUGGAUCCAAAGCUUCUUGAUCGGUCGCUCCCAAAUCGUCCGCGUCGGUUACAGGCGGUCAGCGGAGGUAGCGGUUGAAAGCGGUGUUCCUCAAGGCUCCAUCCUUGGCCCUACCCUAUUCAUUAUAUACGUCAACGACUGCGUCAGUGAAGUGAAUUAUGAUGUCGCCAUAUUCGCUGAUGAUGUUAAACUUUGGAGCGUCACCCGAACUGAAUUUGACGAAGAACGCUCGCAGGCAGACCUGACCCGACACGAGAAAUGGUCGCAAGACUGGCUUUUGCCGUUUAAUGUGACUAAGUGCAAUGUCUUGAAAGUCGGCAAGACCCGAUCUCUGAGCCGGAAGGUUCACCACCUAAAUGGCUUACCAUUGUAGGAGGUAGACGCCCAGAAAGACUUGGGUGUGUGGGUAACAGCUUCUUUAAAACCGUCGCUGCACUGCACCAAGGCAGCUAAGUCCGCGAUGUCAGUCCUUUAUCUCGUCAAGAGAGCUUUCUCUACCUUCGAUGAGGACUGCAUCCUUAAAGUCUUUCGGACAUGUGUACGGCCACAGCCAGAGUUCGCUAUUCAGGCGUGAAAACCCUGGACCUCUAAAGAUCUCAACAUCUUUGAGAAAGUUCAAAUGCGAGCAACCAAACUCGUAAGAGGACAGGGUUCACUACCCUGUGAAGCACGCCUAUCCAAUAUCGGCCUUUUUCCACUGAGUUAGAGACAGCUAAGAGGCGACCUUAUACAAACAUUCCGUAUAAUGCGCGACCAGAACUGCUGUCUCUUACCUGCUGAUUUCUUUGAGUUAGCAACCACAACGAACCUCCGAGGUCAUCCACUUAAAUUACGUGUGACUGGCGCCAGGCUGGACAUUGGGUAGUUCUUCUUUUCAAACAGAAUGAUCGAGGCUUUGAAUGCUCUGCCUGCAGAUGUCGUCAUGUCCACCUCCGUCGAGGCUUUUAAGCGCCAGUUGGAGCAGUGUACCACCAAACGUCAUAAUGUCACUGACCGACAUUGUCUUAGUAUCUCGUUCGAACAAUUUAUCAACGUCGUUAUAUUACUGCCCUAUUUCAGUAACGUUUGUUUUUUAUUAUUGUUCCGUGCCUGUUGAAUGUGAAUGUUGGCAUUCAAUUCGUCUCUCUCAGAAACUGAGAUAGCACCAAUUAUCCAUAGACAGACUACUGUACAGCGCAGUUAGUAACGCUGUUUUUAACACUUGGAACAAUUCGUUUAUCUGUCUCGUUUCGAAAACUUUGCCAAUCUGAAGAAAAUUUCCAGCUGUUCAAUGUUUCCAUUUUCAUAUUUUUGAUAUAGCUCGCUUCCUUGUGGCAAAUAGGGCGUUCAAAGGUUCAAAACCUAUAUUUCCCUCAAAUAAACUGAAAAUGAAACCGAAACAUUUGCAUUGCAUUGGAUUCACAACUGCAAUGCAAACCGUGUACAGUUUCUAUGCGACCACUAAGUAGAGGAAUGGUGCGACAGAAGGUUUCCGAUUCAGUUAUAUUUUCUAGAUGUUUGACAACCUCAACCAUAAUCCAUUGGCAAAACUAGUUUGGUCUAGUUCAUCAGAUCAAAGUUAAGUGUGUUCUUUGUGUUUGAAAAACCCCCUAAGAUCUCCGAACUUGUUGCUCUUGCAUAAUGUUGCAGGCAAAAUACAAUUUCACUUUUGUAAGAGCUUCAGUCGUUAGGACGACCAGCAUAACUCCUUAGUGGGAAGGAACUGAAGUUGUUGCCAUGGCAAAUACCAAACAGGCUCGAGAAUUCCCCGAAGCCUGGCACUGCACCAGGACCUGUAUAAAUUGCCAUGUCGGUCUGGAUGCUCAUUAAGACGGUCUGCGUGCUCGGCUCACUGACUUGAGCCUACGACGUAACAACAGUCGCUUAUCCAUACCGGGGCCAUGUAGAAUCUCACUAUUUUGCCAAACCCUCCCCCAGACACAGUUAACCGUAACUACAAGCCCUAGCAGCUCUACGCUGGCUCACUGACCUCUGCCCCCAUGUCGGAAGGACGACCACUAAGUGCACUGUCUGCAGUCCCAUCGAAUCGUCAUUCCCCCACCCUCCAACACAGGGAGAUGCAACAGCCCCCCUCCCCCGCCCUGGAUCCUAGCCUUAUUAUGAGCCCACCCCUUUCACACACUAGUCGCUUGCUUGUUAGUAGCUGCCCUGUCGCGCCAACCAAUUUAAUCUGACUAUUUUACCUCCUCCCCUGUUUAUUUCGUCUGACGACGGGUUGGUGUCACCAACUCAAAAAUUCAUGAGCACAACUGGACUUUUUCCGUCACAUAAGAAACUUUCGGCUGUCUUUGGAGGGCCAUAAUCGAAAUUCUCCUGUUAAUUAUAAUAAUUCAUUUUUUAAACACCAGCUGAUAAGGUUUGUCGAAAAGAUAACCUAGACAGGUAAAAAACUACUGACAGUUCGACUGUCGUUGCCGACUAUGUCCACCGCGUGCUCUACAGCAAGGCAAGAGCAGGGACAGUGACUUGUGAAUGAUCUACCGCACCCUCUCCUCCUCCCUCGCCUGGGCCAGGUGUCAAGACAGAGUCAAGAAGACAGAAGGUUUGGGAGGACGCAAAUGAACGGCACGGUUAAGCCCUACCUUGGCGCUCCACUCCACACCCCCUGGUACGCACAGCAAAUGACCAGGUUUUUGACCAACAACAAAAGGGUGGCUGGCACGGCCGCAACCGCAACUAGGCGUGUCGUCACACCUGGUUCGAAUCCCACAAAGUAGGAGUGUCAUAAAGGCCACAUUAAGAAGGAGCCAUUGCAGUCUGACUUUCAGUCCACUAGUCGGCCACUCCACACAAAGACACAUUGGAAUGACUGCGAGAUCCAAGUUAUCCCGUCAGUUGCCAACCUUCCAAGCCACGGCUUUUGGUGCACCAUGAUAGCUUAAAGCGCGUCAGAUUGUUUAUAAUGGGGAAAGUACACUGAGUCGUCGACCUCACUUUCCUUUCCCACUCCCAGGCCCCAGUCAAUGUCCGAGCCGGUCAGUUGACAGAUGCGAGACUGACAUAUCCAGUGGUCUUGUCUGCGCGCGCCACACGCACGACCGGGCCACCCCAAACACAAGCACUAGGGUUUCGCACAACGGGGCUUGGGCGGCACACAUCUUACGUGAGUGGGAGUGUCGUAGGUCACGUUAAAAAGGAGCCCUUUCAGCCUGGCUCUCAGCCCACCAGUCCGCCACUCCACACAAACACACAGACAACUAGGCAGACUGCGUGGACUGAUUUGGGGCGUCAGUCAAUAGUCUUCCAGGCCACGGACGCACCGUGAUAGCCUUAGACAAGAACCACACAUACAGCAAAGAAGCAACUUGGAGACGGAGCCGAGACGAACACUUCCCAUUUGCCUGGGAAGUACUAAUUGGAUGCUUGUGGUGGAUGAUGAUGUUGUGUGAUGCAGGUGAGGGAGGCUGUGAUUGUGUGGUGCAGUCGGCGGUUGUCUACCACAGGUUUUCGUGAAUACGCAUAUGACCCAAUAGGCUCAUGCGGUGGGUGAGUGGACGGCUACAGUGAGGGUGGCUGAGGCGGAUGCGGCGAGUGUAUGUUGGCUCUCCAGGCACUUGUUCGCCAGUCUCUGUGCGAUGGACUCGCAAGUGACCGACCAGGCCGAUGUGUGAAGUGAAGGUGCGGAGACAUGUAGAUAGGAGAAAUUGGCGGUGUCUGUGUCAGUUUCGGAGUUGAUGGCAGUGAUGGAGCUGCUGAAGGUGGACGCGCUGGGCAACGGGAGUGUAGGCUGAGCUAGGCAAGCUGUAUGUGCAAGAAGUGCUGAGUGUGGUGGAGUUGGUGCUGGUGGGUGUGCCUGACAGGGGGGUCUUAAUCAUAUACAAAAAACGUAAAUACUUGCAAGCGGAGCAAACGAAGAGUAGGCGUUCGAGCUAUCCCGGUGAACACCUCCUCUUCUUUUGAUAUGCCACCUACAAAUCGCCUUUUUAUAACUAUUGAAGCAGGCAGAGCUUUAUACACACAGCUAACGUCUGAAUUUGAGUAGAAGAAAACUGCAUGGUUACGAAAGUUGAAUGUGAAGGAGUCGACCUGUUUUACAAAUAUAUGACUUAUAUUUCUAUUAUAUAGGCAUAUUACCUGUUUGGCUCCGAAUUAAUUAAUUUCAUUUCGACCGUUUUAACAGCCGUCCUCGCUCCUCUGGUAAGAAGGCCUUAGAAGGCAGAUUAUACUUACCUACUGCCCAUCUUCGUUGCGGCGAACAAUAUUCGCUACUGAUUUUGCAAAACCCGCGGGAUUCUAAAAGUAGUUCAAAAUGUGCGAUUUGCUGCUUCGAACUCCCCGAGACCAACGAUCCGGCAAAUCUUCUAGAAUAAAUGCAACACCAAACCAGCAUACAAUGAAUUCUCCUCUCUGAUAUUUGUGAAUUUUUAUUUAAAGGAAAGUUUUACAAGCUCAAAUUUCGACUACAGGGAGGAACCCAAAGCAGACCAAGCAAAUCUGCCCUGUCUUUGAAAAUUCAGUUUAUCUGUGGAUCGGUGGGGUAGGAAAGUUUUAUGACAAGUGGACAGUUGAUUUCCUCUACCGCAUUUAGCCAAUAAAUAAAUCUCCUGCCAAUCAAAUAUGAGUAGUGCGGAGACCGAAAGAUAACUACAACCGCGGAUCAUUCGAAUGGGAACAAAAUAUGUCAUGUGUACGCAAUCUCUGCUGCCCAGUGGAACAGUGGUAGUACCCAAACUGAUCCUAUAGACCCAUGUUCAUGGAAUUCAUGUCACUGAUAGUUCACUUUGUGAUUACGGUAAUUACCUGAUCCAGAACGCUCCUCUGGUGGAGCUUGAUAACAUGAGAAACAGAUUUCGUGUUCAGAAAAUACUGACGGUCCGGCUACAGUGUUUGCUUCUAAAGUAUUGUGGUUCCCGGCUUCAUCCAGUUUAGUCUAUUUUUGAUACUUAUACUGCGAGUCGUCCCCGAUGGGCUUGGGCCAAAGAACCAGGCACCAUCGCAGCCUGUCAUUCAAUGACUCCAAUUAAACUGCUAAGUCGUUAUAUGCGACAGAAAGCCCAUACUAACUUGUGAGCACUGCACAAUUUUCGUUUGUUCUUACUGUUGUAUCAAUGAGACAAAAUAUGUCUCGUAAACAUCCUUUUGUGUUCUUCUUCCCUGUCUAACUCGUCUCGCAUAUCCCUCGCUCUUGUGCAUUUACAUCAUAUAUCUGCAAAGGGACAUUUUUGGGUUAGACUGCAGUUGGUAGCCAGGAUUAUGUAAGCGGAACUUGACCGAAAUCAUAAAACCCAACGCUAAACUUAACCCUGACCCUAAACUUAAUCCUAACCCUAACCUUAAACCUAACCCUAACCCUAACCCUAACCCUAACCCUAACCCUGACCCUAAACUUAAUCCUAACCCUAACCUUAAACCUAACCCUAAACUUAAACCCAACCUUAAACCUAACCCUUAUCCCAACCCUGAUCCUAACCUUAACCAUAACCUUAACCGUAACCCUAACGAGGACCUUAACCGUAGCCCGUAAACAUAGCCCUAACUCUAAAACCUGAUCGUAACCGUAAUACUGAAACCUAAUCGUAAAGUCUAACCUUAACCCGGAAACCUAACCUUGAAGUCCUAACCCCCACCCGAAAAUCAGAAAACCGUAAACUUGAACCUUAAUCCUAACCUCAGCCCUAAAACGGAUGCCAAAUGUUGUAGCCCUAACCGAGACAACCAUAACUCUAACCCUAAAACCAAACUGUAAUCGGAAACCAUAACCCUAACCUUAACACUGAAACCUGACCCUAAAACGCAAACCCUAACCCUGAAACUUAACCUAGUCGUAACCCUAACCCUCACUUAAACCUAGCAGCCUGACCGAAACGGUCGACCUGCCUUACUCAGUAGAAGUACACCUACUGAUAACAAGUCCCCUAGACAAGGCAAGCGCACCUACUGAUAACAAGUAAGUGUGUCGACAGUAUCAACGUAUAACGUCUGGCUAUCAACUGCGAUCUUACCCAUUUUUGUUGCAUCAACUCCCAGCCAACGCACAUUUAUGUGCUAACAGGAACAGUCCACUUUGAUGCUCUUCCUUUCCAGUUUGAGCAGCAUCGGGGUCCAAGUGGCUCUGCAGGCACAGGCAACUACGGAUGCGGCAGAAGCCUCGAUUUUAGAAAAUCAGCCGCCGCCGCCGCAGACGUCUUCCGCCACGCAGAAGAGAGAGGGCUUGCGGUCUGGGGGACAGUCGCUUACCUCUCGGAGCAGCGGCCGAAAACGUCUCAGGACAAGGACACCAUCCGCUGGCAAAACGGAGCCGGCCAAGUACAUACCUCAGCAGGACUUUAUCGACGUCCUCAAGUCUCUGGACGCGCCUGUUGAUAAGCAGGGCUUGCAGGGCAUCCUAAAACGCCUGGAUGUAGACGGCAUUCGGAUGAUCGAUUGGCAGUCCUUCUUGACGGGCAAGGACUACAUUAAGAAGGCCUAUCUCGCAUCUGCAUUUGGAGAGAGGAAGAAGAAGCAGAAGGGUCUGAAAGCAGGUGCCUGUCUACCGUUAGGUAUUUCAUACAAGAGGGUAAACCCAGCUGCAGUCAGCGUGUCCGUCCCUGUGGACGUUACUCUGCAGCUGCAUGGUGGUGGCCUUCGUGAUAUUUUCAGGUAGCAAAAUACGAAAUUAGAUAACCAUUCCGGACCACUUUGAGGAACGUUCAUCACUGAUGCUUAAACCAGAUGCUUAUACAACAAGCCUAAUGAGUAUUUUAACAUUCACUUUUUCUUACUGGCAGGUGAAAUAAUGGCCGCAUGCAAUUUUAAUUCGCUCUAGUAGCUCCGCCUUUGUAUUAACGAUUUUCGAUUUUCUUAAGUUUCGCUUUUCCCUACUAAAUAUGACAAUGGAUACUCACCCAAUAUUGGGCUAAAUAUGAUGAAAAUAUCUGAGGGAAGUUUUGCAUGCCGGAGACCAUCUUUGCUAUUACAAGCGCUGGGGCUUUAUCGAGAUAAAAACAUUGCCUAAAUUGGGCUUUCUGACCCUCGAAAAAUGUUCUACGCUCAAACGUUAGGGAGACAUAUUUCUGCAUCUCGCAUACGCGUUUGCUUGGAAAUUUUAAAAUGUGCUCUAAGUUCUCUUGUUAAACGAUGGCGUAAUCCCCUGAAUGAUAGAGUAUACGCGCGGCCCAGACAAGUGCAUUGAAGAAGACGGGAAAACAUUCUCCGGGGCCAGUUUUUUAUUUACUCGACGUUUCGAACACUCACGCGAACCCAUCGUCAAGGAAUGAAAGACUGUAUAACCCAUCGCAAAUUUAGCUUACCUCUGGAGGGCAAGACUUCCAGCUGCAUUACUGAUUUAUUCACAUAGCGCUUGAUAAGCGAUUGACGGAUCGAGUUGUCGAUUAAUCGAGAGUCAGAUGUGGUUAUGCAGCUCAACCUGAAGUGAACAGACCCCAUUCAUCUCUAAAACGGGACUGGUGGUAAUAGGGGUUUUUACAGGUGGGGACGGGGGACGCACAGGCGAUGAGGCCAAGUAGUUGUAUGCAAAAGAAAAGUUAGUGGGAAUGCGCGAUUGUACUUUGAGUGGUUGAGAACUAUUUGCUCUAACUCCUAACCUGGCCCCUAACUAUAAACCCACAUCCCAAACCCUAACGCUUAACCCUAACUCCUAACACUAACCCCUAACCCUAACCCUUAAACACAACCCCAAUAGUAUCGUCUCCAUCAGGUGGGGCUACCAAACCACAUCUUACCUAAUCGAGUCCUCAGUUUAGUGCCACGCUUCCUGCAGCAGGCGCGCAACUUGGUCGUCCGACUGGCCCAAUAUCCUCACGCACUCAAAGCCGUGCUCGGGCGAGGAGGCAUGAGCGGUUACCGAGGACAGUUUUUCCUUCCGUCUCACGUCGAGUGAAUACCCUCCAGAGCCAUGCCUAACACAAAACGCAAGACACUCUCAAAAACAGAAGACGAAGCACUCCGGGCUUUGAAAGCCGACAAAAGCAUCGUUACACUUUCGGCUGACAAAGGACGAGCAACCUGUUGAUUCUUUCAUGUUUCAUUAGCAAUGAAAAUUGUUCGGCAAACAUGACAGACUGGUAUACGGAGGACAAGAAGGUCGCUGUGGGAUUGAAUGACAGAAUAUUGUGGGUUUUACUUUCGGUUACCAAAGCAAAGAUAGUUUAUUUUGUCCAGCGUGCGAAUUUAACAUAAUGGCAAGUUAGCGUUUUCGGUUGCCUCGCAACUAAUGAUGGCUAGAUGUGAAAAUAUGUUUUUUUGCAUAUGUUAAAUGGCGUCUGUUUGCCACGCUAUCAGCCAUCCUUUACCCAAAAACAAUUAAGUCACAGUAUCAACAAGUACCCUUUUUAGACCAACAAACUUCUUAACGCUAUCGGUCUUAUUUGUUUUCUUAGAAUUUUCUCCUAUGCUGCUAACUUUUUUUGGAUAUUAAAUCUUCGCUCUGUCUAGACGCAACUUUAAUUAGUCAAUUACCCUGUGAUCUUUCCCAGGCCCUGGGCCAGGCGAAAAAGUUGAAACUGCCAGUACUAAACGUCGAAAAAUUGCUGCAAAAGCAUAAUUACAGCGAGAUGAAACCUAAUACCCUCUAUUUUAGGAAAAAGGACGAAAAUUCCCCUAGAUAUUAGUGUGAUGCCCGAGAGUUCGAUACCUCGCCCACCCGAUGGACGCCCACCCGUAAUGUUCAUUCCGAAGGCUGAGGCUCCUACCGACUUUUGUGAGUUAUAUAACUUUUGUCUGUAUUUUCAAUGACUCAGUCUCGAUUAACAUACCUUGUCAAGCAGGCGCGUUACACUCACUUGGAAUCUUGCUCGAUCCCAUUCUGUCCGUCACUAGUUGGGCUGUUGACGACAACGAACAUUGUACUAGGGGACGCAUGCUAUACAAAGAAUGCUUUCUAAGGUGCUGACACGCUAGAUGUAUACCUCUUUGUGAGGAGGAACACCGUUUUCCUACAGUUUAGACGGUUCCAAAAUGCUUGUGCUGGCCGUUGACCUAUGCACACGUUUCUAUUAAUUUACACCUAUCAGAACAUUAAACACCUUUUGCAAACUAUACAAGAGCUGUAUUGUCCUUUGUUUACGAUACGCCUAAAAGCCAACACUUUAAUGACUUUUUCCCCAUUAAAGUGCGUUUUGAUGGGGAGCAUCCGGCGGAAAACCCGUUUCAGAAUGAUUCCCUCUGGUAUGUUACGGCCAAACCAAUGCGGUACCUUUUACUGCACGAUGCCGUACUUAAUGAAGAUACACGUAAGUCAACGAGCAGGAUUUGUGGCUUUUUUGCCAGCCGAUUAGUGUUCACAACAGAAAAGCCAGUGAAGUGUGCAUGUGCAUACAGCUAGGUGUUUACCAGCAAAGACCGGCUUAUUUUCGGACAAAAGCACCCUAUGACGAACACUGUCUCUGGCGAAGCGAAUAACGUUUGUGUGUAAAGUCUUUAGAUAUGUGGAAAAUAUUUUUCUUUUGGACAUCACAACCUUAAGUUUGUCAACCUAAGUCAGUUGAAACCUUGCAAAGUUAAAUCGAGCGACUUUCUUUCCGCGAGAACGGAUGGUCUGAUGUCUUUUAUCUUAUUUCGUGCGAUUAGUGUUGUUAAGACGGCCAAAUUCAUUUCGUUGUGCCUAUCUAGAGAUAAAACAAGGACGGUUCGUUUCCUUGUCACUAUCAUGGUCAUCACAUAUGAAAACUCUGAUGUAAAAGCGCCAAAAUUAAAAGUUAAUUAAGGCUUUGUAAGGGGACAUACACAUGUUAUAUGAGGCAGUUCUUUUUAUUUUCUGAAAAUUAGUGUCAAAAACCCAUGCUCAUGUAUCCUUUUGCGAGCUCUCUUCAAGAAACGCUAAUACUGGGCCCGUAGCCAGAAGUUUGCCUAGUUCGUUAUUCAUCUGUUAUGAAGUCACUUCAUCCCAUUUCAAAUUUUCGUCGCUCAUUAUGACGAAGUUCAAAAAACGGUUUGUCCUUAUUCCCUCAAUUGUUUACUUUUUAAUAUUAGAUUUUUAGCCAUGCCUCUCUUUUAAAGAUUCCAUCAUAGAGGCCAUCCGCAGUGGGUAUCACGUUGACAUUCGUGACCAAUACUACAAGACACCCCUGAUGACCGCUGCUAGUGAUGGAAAUAUCAGAAUGACGAGACUGCUAAUCCAGUUGGGGUAUGUUGUUAUUUUUCCCAUAAUGCACUCCUUGCAUCGAAGCAGUAGUUAUUUUUAGGCAGAAUAACAUUACCGGCAAAGACACCGGGGACUGCAAUAACUAUUUCUGGCUUAUUAGCUGUCAUCAGGUUUUACAACCCCUGAGACCCGAUCGGUGAUCACCCCUCUACUAUAAUAGUUUUUUUAUUCACUAAGAUCGGGGUCGUAAUCGAAGAACUUUUCGGAAGUGUUUGGUCAACAGAACACUGCUAAACCCCUCUUUAUAAUGUCCACAUUAGUGCGACUACUAAUGAAACAAUGGAACAUCACAUAUAGUCAGUACCAAGUGACACGAAUUUCUGAACGUCCAAUUCCUAUCCACAAUAUCCGAUUUUGUUGGCAGAACUAUUUCAUCCAAGGUUGGGCACGGAAAUACGAACUUUUUCGUGUUAAAAGUGACCAUGCUCUAAAUUCUGGAGGGGUCAGCGGUAGAGUUAGAGUUAGUAAGGUUGGGGUCGGGGUUAGGGCCAACAAGGCCGUGAUGUUAGGGUCAGGAUUUGAAGUUGGGACACAGGAGUAGGUGCCCCUGUUCCGUGCCCGACUUCCCUUCCGUAAGGCUUUAUGGAGCUUCCGUCAGCAAAUCACCACUUUUCCUUGCCACGUUUCCACUAUUUAUUUAGGCACAAUACCUGCCUGUUUUUAGCGCAAAUGUGAACGCGCGAGACAACUUCUGGUGGACACCCCUGCACCAUGCUGCCCACUCUGGUAUGGUGGAUGUAGUGGAAUUACUUCUCUCACAGGGUGCUGAGGUCGAUGCUCGAGCGCUGAAUGGGGCAACACCGCUUUUCCGUGCGAUCGAAACCUCGCGUGCCGCAGUUGUCAACUUGCUCGUUAAUAGGGACGCAGAUAUUACCCUUGAAACGAAGCAAGGUGCGUUGACUUAACUUCCACUAUAUUAAUCCACGAAAAUUGAUUAGGUAGUCUCUCACGUACUAAAGACUGCAGAAAUUGAAAUACCAACAAAAAUUUGUCAACGUAAGCUAUAAAGUGUGCGCUUAUGAAUACAUUUAUCCACUGGUUAGUAAGAAAUCUACACCUCAGCUAAAAUGUGAAUCGUAAAGUCGGCAAGUGUACGGUGUGUAAUCCUCUGCGGUAGACCGCAGGUGGCUACGAACCUAAUGCCCGCCAGGGUUAUGCCUUCAGUGGAAAAUCUCUGGCCUUCAGGCAUUAAAGGAAAAGUCAGACGGAACCAUACUCAUAAGCCAAGUCCUGAAAUCUUAAUCCUAGCCUCCAUCCCAAAUUCAAACCACAACGCAAGCCUGAAAAUCAUAUUUCCAAGAAUAACCCAACUAAUCUCAAUUUUAACCGUUGUUAAAAACCUAACCUUAAGCCCAUAACGGGCACCUUUAAUAUAGAUGAUGCUGCUGAAGGUCUGAAUCAGCUUUCUGCAUUAUCCCUUUCGCGACCUACUGCCAGUCAAACCGUUAUGAAGCACCAAUUACCCAUGGGGUUACAUACCCUGCCCUUACCGUAAAGCCUUCUCUUAUCUUUGUUCGACGCCAACCAAAUUAUUCCGCCUUUAAGGCCUAACGGGAGUUCUGCUGGCAGAGAGGCAUGUUCAGGCGUGUGAGUAGUCGACUUUUCUGUUAGGUAAGGACUCCUCAUCCUCUGGCGUCUGAGAAAGUUGCCCGUUCCCAAGGUCGCAAGCUUCAGUUCUUUGCAUGAAGGUUUAAGGAGAAUAAAAAGGAUGAUGAGGAUGUGAAGGUAUAGUUUUUGUAAUACUCAGUAAGGCACGACCAGAAAUUCUCCUAACACAUUACUCAGAGGAGCAAACUGAUAAAUGGCCCUAGAUUAAACGAGACAUGAAAAAUCCAGACGGCCUCCGUGGUAAUACAAAGGUCUCUAUUUCGGAAUAAGAUGACAAGAAAUGGCGUGACCGAUUACUGAUUAACAAUUUCAAGGCAAGGAGACUGCCGCGUGUCACGCCAGAUUGGACGAAACGAAUUUUCAGUCACCAGACCGGAAAUGAGAAGCGAAGAAGAUUUACGAGAAUUCGAUUGGCAAAUUGCCUAACUGUUCUUAAACGUCAUUGGCAUAUAACACCAUCUUAAGGGGAAUGAAAGGAACCAACACUGGAUGGGGCAUAGUUAGGGCACGCCUUUAAAUUGGAAUUAGCUGUUUUCAUGAUGCAGGAAAAAUAACAUGGAAUCGUAGAUUAUAGGAAUGUGAAAAUGGCCAUCAAUAGAUUCCAGGCGUAGGAGCGCAAGUGGCCGCUCCAGUGCCUGGGUUUACAAAUUUUAUCAGAAGUGACUUCAGAGUAUCUGAGCAAUAUACUCAGGGGAACUAAACUACCUCAACAAAAGCGCAAGAAACACAGGAUUGAAAGAUGAUCCCAUUUUAUGCCAGCAUUUUCUCAUGCUCAUGCUGAGUCAUGAUACAGAGAUCCGCGAUAUCGGUGCACUUAAAGCACAGUUUAGUUUGAAAAUAGGUAUAAAGUUAACUUUUCGUAUUGCAUCUGACCGCAGUCAUUAGAAAAAUGUGGACUUUAGUUUGCAAGUUGCAAAAAUGUCCGUGUAGGUGGACGUUAUUGUGCAAACUACUCGACGGAGCGAGCCAAAAUGACUAGUUUUCGCCUAAAGUUAUCCGCCUUAACUGUGAAACCUAGAUCUUUUAAUGACUCUAUCGCAUACAUGAUGGCCAGUUAAGAUGUUAACCGCUUCCACGGCGUCAUCUGAUUUCAGCUUUUUUCAACACAGGUUUUAUACCUCCAGUCCUCUCUUUACUUGAAUUCACGCACUAUUUUAUCGGUGUCUGAAUUUACAAGACAGGUAGGAAAAUAGUAACUUGUAAAAUUCUACGCAGAUCAGUAGAGGCAAAUGACAAAUGGUUAGUUAUAUUUAAUCAGACGUUGGGUAACUGUCUAGACUUACCAGCCAUCAAUUACAGUUCAUUUCGGACUUCACAUUUCCCUACCCCACACAUGAACCCUUUUACAAAUGGUCAUACAAAAUGAGCCACUCAGUCGAUUUCAAACUCACAGACAGAUGCGCAUUAGACUGACGUGAAUUUAUCGAAAACUCAUGUUCUUAGAGCUGUAGUCUGAGUCAAUUACCUGCAAAUUUUCGCCAACCUCAAAUAGCCGAAUGCAUAAGUUUGUUUUCAAUUUACGAUCUGUGUCAAUGCAACCCGCUAAAGUGGGCAGUUAAUUCAAAAUCAAUACAUUAAUUUCUUAAGGCUUUGAAAGAGUAAAUAUGAUGAAUUUAAAUCUUUUCCAACUUGUGUAAAUUAUGAAACAGAUUAUAUGCCGUGCUGAAAGCCGCGGUAGAAGGUAAGUUGUAUUAACUGAUUAUUAUAAAAUUCUGACUUUCAAAAACAGAUCUAACGUCAAAGUUAAAACAUUUUGGCGCACCGUGACUGGGACAUACAGUACCUGUGCUAACUCAUGGAAUGUCAUGAAUUAACACAGGUAAACGACUUUAACGCAGAAUCGGUAAACACUACGGCUCCCAAAGUCUGAUAGCGGAAAAUAAAAGAUGUGUCCAAGAAAUAAAGCAAAGUUUGGUUAAGAAAAUAUUAUUUACUGAGAUAAAAUAAAUAAUUUUCGACAGAAGUCACAUUUUCGAGAAACGCUUAUAUUACAACCAAGUUAAUAAAGGUUACGUGUCAAAUGCAAUGUCACUUUGGCUCUCCAGAACCGCUUAUCCUACGCGUUGUCUCUUAUUGCCUUGCAACAGGUACGACACCUCUGGAUGAGGCCUUUGUUUGGGGUGAUCCUCGAGUGAUUGCCAUUCUUAUGGCAAAAUCUGCGGAACUGAAAGCCGAGGAAACAAAGAAGUCUGCACGCCGCCCCGCUGUAUGUAAUUUGGCCAAUUCUAGCAACCUCUGCUUCUAGAGGACUGCCCACCUUUCCUCCUUGUACUGAAAGUCAACACUUUUGUCCACAAAUAGGUUUUCAACCUAUCAAGAUUAUAGUCUCAAAGGACACUGACUAGGUAGAUGGCAAAUUGAGACUUGUAUCGUCAAAUAAAUUUCCAACUGCAGAUGCGGCAAAAACAGGGGAUUCAGAAGAUUUUGAGAAACAAAGUUGUCCUAGAAGUUUUAAUUUUCAGGCAUGUGUUUGUCCAUUUUGGACGGGCAGAGCGUAUUUAUCAAUCAAAUUCAUUUUGAACCAGUGUAGCCAAAUCAAUGUCAUAAAGUAAAUUUCUUUAUAACUGAUAUUUGGGCGUCUGAGUCUACACCGGUACACUGUUAGCCGAAGAACGUGAGAACGCUUCGAUCCCUUUGAAAAGAGGACUAACGACUGUCCCGAAAUCCUCGCAUUAAUUGAAAUACCAAAUAAUAUACGCUCUUCUACAGUACUUUCCAGGUGCAGUUAAAUUGAUCUACAUUGUAAGAUCGCAGCUAAACAUAGAACCUUAGGUUUUACGGUCCCACUUAAUAGUCCACGCGCGGAUAAUCUAAAUGACCAAAUAUCUCGCUGAGGCAGUUGAGAGAGAUCCUGUUUAAAGAUCCUAAUAAUGUUUAGUAUUCCGCCACUUUCAGAUCCUCGUAGAACUUCACGGAUGUUAAUUAUAUAAAUUACACUCCGUCUGUAUUCUAUUAGUCUCGACAAAUGCUCCAGUUGUGAGUCAGCCCUGGUGCAAUUACUUGUGUGAAAGCUCAACAAGGGAGAUCAAAAUAACCGUUUGGUGUUCACUUGGGUUGUCAGCCAGCAAUGCGCUAGGCCAAAUAGGCCCAGGGAACUCCUAGGUUAGACUGAUUUGCUGGAUCGGUUAUGAGCUACAACACAUUUUCGACUGUUGCAAAUCAAAUAGGAUUGUUUAAAACUGAAGUAUUUUAUCUGGAAGGAGAUUAUCCUACACGGAAACCGCUUCCUCUCUUUAUUAACAGACCUGCUUUAAAAGUUCCAAAAAUUCUUUAUGCUUAUAUAACACGUCAUUAUACUCCCCGAUAGAAAAAGCUGAGCCGACCGUUCCCGGAAAAUGCAUUCGUAAUUUCUAUCCACUUCGACUGGACAGAGGUUUUAGUUAAUUGCGGGGUAGGAUGCCCACUUCGGCCAUUUCAGUGACCUCUACGUAAACAUAGAAUUAGAGAGUGACGUAUAUGCGAAUUUCCCUGAUCUGGCCCUGUAAAAUGAGGGCAUGCAUUCGUUUCUCUGGAACUUCCGGCGUUGACAUUAAACACGGCUUACUUGCAAUAGCUGAAAUGGGUAAACUCCGUUCCAGUCAUUCUUGCAUUAGUAUUUUCAGGCAAAAUCCACUCGGCAACGACUAUCUGCUCGCCUUUUGAUUUCUGGGGUCCAAAUGAUUAGAAGACCCUCAGGCGCUGUGUUUACUGUUUCUCUGUCGCCAGUUUGAUGGACUUAUUCAAAAAAUAUAUUAUCGAUUAUUUUUUAUCUUUUUUUUGAUAGACCAAAAAAGGCAAAAAGGGAAAAGGCGAAAAAAAGCAGAACACCAUACAGUUCAGUGUUGUAGGUCCAGAUGAUAUGCCGAAACUGUUUGAGAAAUCAACUUCGAGCAAAACCAAGGAGUUGUCCCAAAUAAUAACUCGUCACAUAAAUCUAUCGGAACUGGAGACCGAUAUGAUGACCUUUCCAGAACUUAGCCUUGAGGAGCGGCUGCGGAAACGAGAGGACGACCGAGAUCGCUUUGAGUGGGAUUCAAGUCUGCCUGCCAUUGACAAACCCUAUUUCAACAGAAAUAUUUCUCGGAUUAUGAGCGAGAUGGAUCCUCAACUGACUAAUACUACCAAUUAG